AUGGCAACCGGAAAAUAUGAAAACUAUAAUAUUAUGGACCUAAACACAAAAGUCGAUGACACUCACACUGGCAGUGACACUCAAACCGCGGUGACGGGUACCGACGAUCAACCGGCACCGCAUGAGCACAACUACUAUUCGCUGAGCGACGUGGCGAAAUGGACGAAAAAGCUUUUGGACGCUAAAACACUCAAACAGAGCACCGUAACGGUGUUCGGCAUGCCGCGGCUUGUUCGGCCGCCGUUUCACGAAUACUAUUCUGUAAGCAGGUAUUACGGGCCGGCAAAAUGCGUUCCGCUCAUUUAUCGCGCAGAGGAAAUGUUUCCGAGCUCCGAAGGCAUUCCGCAGAUUUAA